AUGAGUGAUAAUUUAAAACAGGAUUGUAUCUCAUCACUACAUGCUACGGCAGAUGUAAUAACACCUCGUAUCGGAUCAAAUUGCGCCUAUACGUUAAAUAAAAUUUAUUGUUACGGUGGAAAGCUUGAGAACAAACAUUAUGACAACAGCAUUUAUGCAUUAGAUUUGAACAGCCUAUCUCCGGGACCAGUAACUGAUCUGAUAAAUAAAUGGACAUUGGUCACUGUCAAUCCAAGCCCAGGUGUUCCCCAAGACGAAUACAGAUAUGCCAGUCAGUUUGUUCAGUUACCCGAUGGCUCAUUAUUUUUUGACGGCGGAUACAAUGAAAAUAAUCCUCUUGUAGCUCAAAACAUUACUUACAACCCUCAAAAAAAUAUUUGGAGUGUAUUACCAGGCCCUGGUUAUGACGAUGUUAAAAAUGGAGGUUACAGACAAAUAUUCUCCGCAGCCGCAGUAUAUUUGCCUAAUGUCAAUAGAAUCGCAUAUUACGGAGGAAGACAAUUGAAUGCUGUUCAGAAUUUUACUUAUACAAGUAAUAAACCACUUGCUAAUCUGACUUAUGAAGUUACCUCAGAGUUGGAUCCCACUAAAAAACUAGUUGAAAGUAUUUAUGGAUAUAACUACUUAACCGAGCUGAACCUCGAUACGAGAGUAUGGGCUGCCCGAUCAACCGAACCUUUAGUUAUAAACAAUUUCCCGAUCCAAAUUAGUGAUCAGACAGCAACAUAUCAUCCGGGCACCAAAGCAAUUAUUUUUUUGGGUGGCUUUAUCAAAAAUGAGCUCCUAGUAGGUAUGACACGUCCUCUCAAUUACUUUUUGCUUUUUGAUACCGAAAGUUCCUUAUGGAAAACACAAAAUACCGAUGGACUGAAUACACCAACUGCCAGACUUGGCCAUACUGCAACAAUGUUAAAUACCGGGGAUGAUAUUCUCAUGUAUGGAGGUCUUCUCCAGUCUAAAGACGAAACAGUGGAGGGAGUUCUUUCUGCCGAUUACUUAUAUACUUUAAAUUUAAUCACCUUCAGAUGGUCAGUUUAUGACAGACCACCUGAUUCCAUCGGUCCUAGAGCCCACCAUUCAGCCGUUCUUGUUAAUGGCACAAGCUUGUUUAUUAUGUUUGGUCAGAAAAAAUCAGAAACUGCCAACGCACUUGUUACUGCAAAUGACAUGAUGGUACUCAACGUCACAGAUCUGCCUUCUCUGACAUCUUUGAGUACGUAUCCCAAAUCCGUAAAUGGUGAUUCUACAACAAAUAAGACGUCUACUGACGGUCAAUCUGGCAGUCAAUCUGAUAGUCAGUCUGAUACCCAAUCGAAGGGGCUUUCUGGCGGUGCUAUUGCUGGAAUAGUGGUCGGCAUUGUGGCUGUGGUUGCUAUUGUUGCUUUAGCAGCAGUCUAUCGUAAAAGAAAUAAGGAUAAGGAAGAAAAAAUGAAGGAGCUUCACGUUAACUGGGACGAGAUAGAUAAUGAGUAUAGAGAGGACCCACAUUUCGGAACAGGGUUUUCUGUAGGUACUACAAAUAUGAGCACUACAGCAGCUUCGCCUACAGUAUCCGAAAAGCCAAGCCAACAUCACCAUACCUAUUCACCGGCUUUAGCAGAGACAAACUUGAUAAAACCUGAUGUUCAUGAUGAUUUACCAACUAGAAUCAAACCCGAUGGCACCAGAAAUAACUGAUAAACAAACCAUAAUUUAUAAUAGAAACUUUUGACUUUUAUAAGUUGCAGAAAGUUUAUCUUCUUUUGAGGGUAACAAUUCCCAUAAAGCUUAAAGCUUAAUUCUCGCUCUUUACAAAACACCCUAAUCACAAAAUUAAAAUGUCAAUAAUGAUACAAGAAAGUUACAUGUUGUGUGUUACUAUACCUCUUGCUGUUAUACAUGCGUCCCGUAGCAUCAGUUUAUUGUUGACUACACAAAAAAAAAAAAAAAAAAAAAAAAAAAAAAAAAAAAA